AUGGCAGGCAUCUGGGAACUUUUUAUUGUUCUGUCCGUGAGUCUUCUGAUUCUGCACUUCCUGAAACAGGUCUGGUCACGAAGACACUACCCUCCUGGUCCUCUUUCACUUCCUAUCAUUGGUGGCCUCUGGCGGCUCGGGAUCAUGACUACUCAAGAAACGCUCAUUCAGGUACCUUUUCCUAAUAAUUAAUCAGCCGGGUAAGAAGCUUAGCAAGAAGAACGGCAAAUUAUUUUCUUCCUAUGGAACUGGGGAUAAAAGUGUUUUGUUGGCAAAACCUUGUGUCUACAUUAAUCAAUCCAAGGAUUUUGGCUUGCUAACGAUUCCACCCAAUAUUCUCUCCUUCUUGUUGACUUCUCCACCAAAAGUAAUUUCAAAACCAAAUCCUUUGAGGGAUGGUUGAAAGUGUCGGGAAAGUUUAGCCUGGAGAAGAGAAGAUUAAGGGUGUGACAUGACAAAUGUCUUCAAAUAACUGAAUGGCUAUUAUCCAGAAGAUGGAGCAGACUUGUUCUCUGUUGCUCAAGAGGGAAGGAUUAGAACAGAUGAAUAGAAAUGGCAAGAAAGUAGAUUGUGACAAAAGGCUUAAGAGAAACUUCAGAAUUGUAAGAGCUGUUGAGUAAUAGGACUGACUUCCUUGGGAGGUAGCGAGCUUUGUGGUCUUAUGCUAGGCAUACUGUAGUAAGUGCUAUUUUUCUAGAAAAAAAGGAGCUCUCCGUGAGCUUUUCCUGUGUUCUUUUAGAAUGGCAAUGGUGCCCACCUUAGAGGUGUCGGAAUUCAGCUCCUGUGAACUGGUGUGUGGGAAGCCCUGGUAGUAGUUGUAGCCUGCAUUGCAGAUCCUGUGCUGAGCAAAUGUUAGAGCAGAUCAGACAUGUAAAACCGGUCGACUGCAAUUAAUAUGCAGAUCGUUGGGUAGUUCCUUAUCAAUCACGGUCGAUCUGCGCCCCCCGCCCCGUUGGUAUUUUCCUCCACCUCCGGCUGAUAUCCCAAUGAAUGCCUCCUGUCUUAGUGUUUCAUUAUGCAUCAUGAUGUAGCCCUCUCCCCUAAAAAAAAUGUUCAACAGCUUUUGGCAAUUCUCCCUAAAAAUAGUUCAACGACUUUGGGCAAUUCUACCCCCACCCCCCGCUUCCAGUUAGCCACCACCUUCCACCCACCCACCCCAUACAUGCUCCUCCUCCCUCCAAUAACAAUGGGUAGAUCACUGCCAGUUUUUUUUAUACUGGGAGUGGUCCCUUGGGAGUUGGAUGUGACUGGAGUAGAUUCAAGGCUCUUGCAUGCCCUUCUGGCUUGCACUCUUUAUAAAGACUUGAGGAAUGAGAUUAUCACCCCUCUUUUAUUGUCCAUUCCGGGUCACCCAACCACUGCCACAGUGUCCUUUCUUUUGGCAGAUCAAGAUGAGCAGGUGACAGCAAAGGUUGCAAGGUUUUUAGCUGGGGCAAUCAGAAUAAGAUCCACUAUUUGAUUAUUGAUUCAAAACCCUAAAAUGUAUUUUAUAUGAUUACUUUUUAUUUCUAUCUGUCAGAUGCUGUGUGGUGGUUGCUCAUGAGUAACCAGGCAGGACUCCAGUCUGUCUUUUAUGGGUUUAUCAUGCAAACUAUUUACAGUGCAGAUACACAAAGUUCAUGUCCGUCUUAGACCCGGGGGUUGCACCAGUGGCGGGAGUGUCCCGGGUGGUGCCGCCCGUGGCGAGGUCACCCCCCUAGGGACGGCACCGCCCCCACCUUUCUCUGCUACUGUGUUAUGCUCGCUCCACUUCUCCCAACAAUGAGGAUUCCCAGGGGUACACCGCUUAUCAGGAUCCAGUUUCUUUACGCCAGAGACUUAUGUCAUUUUGUAAUAUAUGCAUAGGUGAAAACAGUCAAAUCCACUGAUCCCAUGCCAGAUUUCCAUCUAAAUGUUGUUAGCUUACAGAGUGCAAUGUCUGCUCUCUUCCUGUGCCUUUGGUCACACCCACACUAAAUAAUCCUUCCUCCCAAAGAAUCCUGGGAACUUUUGAGGGUGACUAGUGGGGUGCCACAGGGUUCUGUCUUGGGCCCGGUCUUAUUCAACAUCUUUAUCAACGACUUGGAUGAUGGACUCAAGGGCAUCCUGAUCAAUUUUGCAGAUGACACCAAACUGGGAGGGGUGGCUAACACCCCAGAGGACAGGAUCACACUUCAAAACGGCCUUGACAGAUUAGAGAACUGGGCCAAAACAAACAAGAUGAAUUUGAACAGGGAGAAAUGUAAAGUAUUGCACUUGGGCAAAAAAAAUGAGAGGCACAAAUACAAGAUGGGGGACACCUGGCUUGAGAGCAGUACAUGUGAAAAGGAUCUAGGAGUCUUGGUUGACCACAAACUUGACAUGAGCCAACAGUGUGACGCGGCAGCUAAAAAGCCAAUGCAAUUCUGGGCUGCAUCAAUAGGAGUAUAGCAUCUAGAUCAAGGGAAGUAAUAGUGCCACUGUAUUCUGCUCUGGUCAGACCUUAGCUGGAGUACUGUGUCCAGUUCUGGGCACCACAGUUCAAGAAGGACACUGACAAACUGGAAUGUGUCCAGAGGAGGGCAACCAAAAUGGUCAAAGGCCUGGAAACGAUGCCUUAUGAGGAACGGCUAAGGGAGCUGGGCAUGUUUAGCCUGGAGAAGAGGAGGUUAAGGGGAUAUGAUAGCCAUGUUCAAAUAUAUAAAAGGAUGUCACAUAGAGGAGGGAGAAAGGUUGUUUUCUGCUGCUCCAGAGAAGCGGACACGGAGCAAUGGAUCCAAACUACAAGAAAGAAGAUUCCACCUAAACAUUAGGAAGAACUUCCUGACAGUAAGAGCUGUUCGACAGUGGAAUUUGCUGCCAAGGAGUGUGGUGGAGUCUCCUUCUUUGGAGGUCUUUAAGCAGAGGCUUGACAACCAUAUGUCAGGAGUGCUCUGAUGGUGUUUCCUGCUUGGCAGGGGGUUGGACUCGAUGGCCCUUGUGGUCUCUUCCAACUCUAUGAUUCUAUGAGGGUGCUGGAAAUUAUAGCUGUGGUUGAUGCCCACAGGAAGAAGACAGGUGUUAGCUUUGGACAUUGACUCUACACUAGCAUGUUAACAUUUGUAUGAAUGGGAUUGCAGGCUCAUGAAUGAACCAUUGUGGAAUAAUUUUUGUGUUUUGUGUGAUUUUGUGAUCAGUUUCCAUAGCAUAGUAGACCCAGUAAGUGAUAAUGUAGUGGUGUUUUAGCACAGACCAACCGAUGCUGUUGCACUUACAUUGACAGUACCAGGAACAUUUUCAUAACCUUAACAUUACGUAACACUACAUUUAUACAGAAAGAUACGCUUAUAGAAGAAACAUAUACUUAUAUACUGAAACAAAACAUACUUAUAGGAGAAACUUAUAUAUUGAAACGAUGAUACAUUUGAUACUUUUUCAAAGAAGAUUACAUAGAAUCAGUAUUGAGAAGUAGUAUUGAGAUACCUGUUUUUCUGAAAUAUCACAAUGGUGUGCAGCUUUAUUAAUACAAGAAAUCAUUUCUCAUAACAAGAGCUAUGUGGAGAGUUCCUGGGAUUCUUUGGGGGAACUCAUGUGUUUUAAAUGUAGGGGGUGGGGUGACCUAGAAAAUGCUGUCUACUGUUCUACACUCCCAAUAACUUACCCCUUUUCCACAGGCUAGUGGAUGGUAAUCAGGACAAGACAUUUUCCCCAAUAAUCUCAUAGCUUUCUUAAACUAUUAACUUACUGUAUUUACUCAAGUCUAAUGUGCCAUCGAAUCUAAUGUGCACCUUAAUUUUCGCAACGGUAAUUUGGCCCAAAAGGGUGAGCAUUAGAUUCGAGUAAAUACAGUUUCCCCCCCAAACAAAGGGUGUGUGGGGCAGCUCUGCCUAUCAAGGAACAUUUGCGAUCAUUCUGGUCCCGUUAACCAUCUCCUAGCUAAACUCCCAAUUUCACUAGUGGACUGUUUGUCACUUAAUGCACUGUUUUUCUGAUUGUGAAGAACCUUGUCAAUAUCCCCCCCCCCACGCCUGUACUGUUCUAAUUCUAUGCAAGAGCAAGGCAGGCAGGGACAGGAAGGGGGUGUUUGCUUCAAAUGGGUGUUUGGAAGAUGGAAUGGCCCAGAAGAACGAAGGGAAGGUGAUAAGGCAAGCAAUAGGAAUCUGACAGGAACAGAAAAGUAGAGGAAAGCUGCACACAGCCAGAAGCUGGAGUGGUGAGGAAGGCUGUAGUCAAUGCAUUAACUUGAAUUGAUAUGCUUGGUUUGACUGUGAUAUUUCUCUUUUGAUCCAAAUGGCAGAUAGCAAAGCAAUAUGGAAAUGUGUACUGUAUAUGGGGAGCAUAUGUACCAGCAGUAGUACUAUCUGGAUACCAAGCAGUGAAAGAAGGCCUUACAAACCAUUUCGAUGACCUGUUCGACCGACCAGUAACCCCAUUCCUGAAAACUGCACUUAAAAAGAAGGGUAAGUUUUUGUGAAGAGUGAUGGGUUUGGAAGACCUUUUCUCCAGAGAAAUCACCAAGCAAAAGAGAAUACUGUAAUGCUCUGCAUGCUUCCAUCAUCUGGAGUUUUCUCCAGCACAUGAGCUCUUGAAAGUAGCCAUUGCACCACAUUUGUCAGCGAUGUCUUUAGGCACUGAGAUUACCACAUCAUCCUUAGUUUAUAUAGUCUCUUACAUAAAAGCCAGAAGUCUACAAAAGUGAUGCAAAUGUGGAAGACACAGAUUAUCAGGAGGUGCUCAGAGAGGAAGUUUUGCUUGCUUGGAAGGAAGGAAGAAGUGACUGAUAAGGAGCAGAGUAAUUGAAUGUAAAUGAAUCUGGGGGGAAAUCUAAAAGAAUCCAGAGAAGGUGGUUGUAAGGAGGAUAAACGAAGGUAGUGUGGGACUUGUAACUUAAGUUAUCCUUUGGGAAAUGCCUGUGGAACACUGAGUUAUUGAACCUGGCAAAGCCCUAUAGUAAAAUCUGCAUACAUCGUGAACAGUGUUGAUCUGCCUGUUUGCCAACUUGGCAAGCCAUCAAAGAAAACUGAUGACGUUUGGGCCAAGUUGCCUCAAAAUGUCAGCCGAAAGGUGCAGCUAGGAGUCUUGAGCUGAGUGACAUCCAUGUGCUCCUAAAACAUGUGGCUCCUGAUACUUUUGGAUAGAAUCUGUGGAUGAUAGCUCAAAUCCAGCUUGAAAACAUGUUGCUGGAGAAACACCUGUUGCCUUCAGUGGCCAUGGCAUGGGCUGCUAAUUUAGAACAGAGGCACAAGAUGUGCACAGGUCAUCCCACUGAGGGCUCUCUCUCUCUCUCUGGAACAUAUAAGGUUUUAGUCAAUAUUAGGCAUACUCAGAGUAGACCCACUGAAAUAAAUGGGUGUGAUGAACUUGGGUCAAUUAAUUUUAAUGGGUCUGCUCUGAGAAACUGGAUACAGCCAGUGUUUUUUUCCCCUAGAAAAUUGCCAAGGUUGCAAGUUCGAUCCUGCAUGGGACAGCUGCAUAUUCCUGCAUUGCAAGGGGCUGGACUAGACGAUCCUCAGGAUCCCUUCCAACUCUACAACUCUGAUUCUGUGAUGUCCAUGAAUAAGUGAAGGCAGUGGCCCAAGCAAACUGGAGUUAGUAGGCCCAGGGUCUUGGAUGGCAGGCCAAGAGAACUAAGGUGCAGAUGCAGGGCCACGUUUAAUAAUAAUAAUAAUAAUAAUAAUAAUAAUAAUAAUAAUAAUAUGUUGUUGUUGUUGUUGUUGUUUCUACCCCACCCAACUGGCUGGAUUUCCCCAGCCACUCUGGGUGGCUUCCAGCAAAAGAUUAAAAAUACCGUAUUUUUCGCACCAUACGACGCACCGGUCCAUAGGACGCAUCAAGUUUUUUGGGGGGGAAAUAAAGGAAAACAAAUUAUUUCCCCCCCAGGCGCUUGUGGGGCCGGCAGCGGGGAGAAGCGCUCUUCUCCCCGCAGUCCGCCUUCAGAUCAGGUCCGGGGACAGCGGGAAGACGCGCUGCGUCUCCCAGCUGUCCCCGGAGCUUGGGGGCAGGCAGCGGGGAGAAGCGCUCUUCUCCCUGCCACCCGCCUUGAGAUCAGGUCCGGGACAGCGGGAGACGCGCUGCGCCUCCCUGCUGUCCCCGGAGCUUGGGGCAGGCAGCGGGGAGAAGCGCUGCUCACCCCGCCGCCCGCCUAGAUAUCAAGUCCGGGGACAGCGGGAAGACGCGCAGCGUCUCCCUGCUGUCCCCGGAGCUUUGGGGCCGGCAGCGGGGAGAAGCGCUGCUCUCCCCCCCGCCCGCCAUAACAACAGGUCCGGGGACAGCGGGAAGACGCGCUGCGCCUCCCAGCUGUCCCCGGAGCUUGGGGGCAGGCAGCGGGUAGAAGCGCUCUUCUCCCCGCCGCCCGCCUUGAUAUCAGGUCCGGGGACAGCGGGAAGACGCGCUGCGUCUCCCUGCUGUCCCCGGAGCUUGGGGGCAGGCAGCGGGGAGAAGCGCUGCUCUCCCCGCCGCCCGCCUUGAUAUCAAGUCCGGGGACAGCGGGAAGACGCGCGGCGGGUCCCUGCUGUGCCCGGAGCUGGGGGGCAGGCAGCGGGAGAAGCGCUCUUCUCCCCGCCGCCCGCCUCACAUCAGGUCCGGGGACAGCGGGAAGACGCGCUGCGUCUCCCUGCUGUCCCCGGAGCUUGGGGCAGGCAGCGGGGAGAAGCGCUCUUCCCCGCCGCCCGCCUUCACAUCAGGUCCGGGGACAGCGGGAAGACGCGCUGCGCCUCCCUGCUGUCCCCGGAGCUUGGGGGCAGGCAGCGGGAGAAGCGCCUUCUCCCCGCCGCCCGCCUUCACAUCAGGUCCGGGACAGCGGGAAGACGCGCUGCGCCUCCCAGCUGUCCCCGGAGCUUGGGGGCAGGCAGCGGGGAGAAGCGCUCUUCUCCCGCCGCCCGCCUUCAGAUCAGGUCCGGGGACAGCGGGAAGACGCGCUGCGCCUCCCUGCUGUCCCCGGAGCUUGGGGGCAGGCAGCGGGAGAAGCGAUCUCUCCCCGCCGCCCGCCUUCACAUCAGGUCCGGGGACAGCGGGAAGACGCGCUGCGUCUCCCUGCUGUCCCCGGAGCUUGGGGGCAGGCAGCGGGGAGAAGCGCUCUUCUCCCCGCCGCCCGCCUUCAGAUCAGGUCCGGGGACAGCAGGAAGACGCGCUGCGUCUCCCAGCUGACCCGGAGCUUGCGGGGCCGGCGGCAGGGUCUCCCCGCCGUCAGCCUCCAAACCACUUCGGGAGACAGCGGGAUGGCGGCGUUCCGCCUCCCUCUGUCCCCCGACCUUGUGGGGCUGGCGCUGGGGCUCUCCUGAAGCCUGGAGAGCGAGAGGGUCGGUGCGCACCGACCCCUCUCGCUCUCCAGGCUUCAGUGAAAGCCUGCAUUCGCACCAUAGGACGCACACACGUUUCCCCUUCAUUUUUGGAGGGGAAAAAGUGCGUCCUAUAGUGCGAAAAAUACGGUACAUUAAAACAUAAAAUACAUAAAAUACAUGUAGACUAUACAAAUUGCUUCAGAGAAGCCUUUGAGCAACUGGUAGAGCUUUCUUGUCAAGAUGGGUGCCCCACCCACUGAGUGCUGUAUCUGGACAGCUGUAAGGCUGCAUCUCAGCAUAUAAUAAUAAUAAUAAUAAUAAUAAUAAUAAUGAUGAUGAUGAAUUUAUUAUUGAUACUCCGGCCAUCUUGUUGCAGUACCAAGUGGAACUCCCAGCCCACAUAUAGCAUGUUUAGUUGCUGGCCUCACCUUAGUGUUGCUGGACCUGUCCCCAAUGAGCAUACAUCAGGGGUAGGUCAGAUGUCAAUGACAUAUGUAGCAGUACUUGUCAGUACAAACAGGAGGCCCAGAGUUCUGCUCAGCCCUGUCAGUGAGCAGCCCUCCAGUUCCUGCUAGGCAGCCGGCAGGGGUUAGGGGGACAUCAGAGGGCAAUGCCAGACAAAACACUUCUUUGUAACACUGUAAUAUUUUCUCAUUGAUUCUUGAUUGUCUUAGGCAUGGUAUUUUCAAAUGGUCACAUCUGGAAGCAGCACAGACGUUUCGGUGUGAUUACUAUGCGGAAGCUGGGGCUGGGGAAGAAAGGCAUGGAGCACCAAAUAGAAGAGGAGGCCACUGAGCUUGUGAAGAUCUUUGCGCAGGCAAAGGGUAUGUGAUGCUGGAUAAUGACACUGGAUAAUAGUGAUGGAUUUUGUAAGAAUCAAGCUUGAUACCAAGCUCUGCAUGUUUAUGAAUGUUUGCAAGGUGAUCAGCAAUAUUUAGCAGUGCAGAAUUUUUUUGCAGCAGACAAAAAAUAGCAAACCAAAUGACAAAAUUUUCAAACAUCCAUUAAUUCUACAACUCAGCUCCUUGUCAGCUCUGAAUUGUUUUAUUGAAGUGCUAAUUAACAUUAACAUUCAGUGGAAUUCAGUGGAACAUUCAGUGGAAUUAUUGGGGGGUUGGUAGCUUCCCUUUUUCUUUCAGUAGCUGCUAUCAGCUGGAAGGGAGAGAACAAUAGAUGGGAAGUUGAGGUGAUGUUUCUAGGGGGAAAACUUAAGUCUAAGCAGAACUGGUGUGUGCUAUCACUAGUGGGGAGGGGAACAAGAUGUGGGAGAAUCAGCUGAGGAAGGUUAAAGGGAAGGAGGAAACUGAGCAGCUACUAUUAAGCUCCAGGUAUGGUGGUGAGAAAGGGCUUUCAAAGACUCAGCAACAACCACCUCCAAGUCUUGCCAGCAGAGUCCCAUGCACAUUUACUCAAAAGUAAGUUCAAUUAGCCUUAUUUCCAGAUAAAUUUGCACAGUAUUGCACCCCAAGCACAUUUUGGAUAAGAGGCUAGCUGUUUCUUUGCAAAAAAAAAAAAAUAUAUUUCCAAAAUGUAAAAGCAAGCUGAGUUAAUUAGCUUACAAGCUUCGUACAAAAUGAGUUCAUGCAAGGGCAUUUCAAGAAAAAGAAAAUGUGUGAAUUAAUGCAAGCCUCAUCAAUAUCUGUAAAUAACUUUAUUUUCAGGACAGCCACUUGAUCCAUCACUGCCCAUCACAAAUGCAGUUUCCAAUUUAAUAUGUGUUUUGGCUUUUGGGUACCGAUUUUCCCUCGAAGAUGAAAAGUUCCAAAAAAUGAUGGAAGGUGUUGAUUUUUGCUUAAAACAUGGAGGUUCCAUAAUUCAUUGUGUGAGUAAUUUUUCCCCCCCCUGAUGGGUGUCAGAGAGGCCUUCACCGCCAUAAGUAUUCACAGAACUAUUCUGGUACUACUCUUAGAGUAGUAUGUCAUGAAGGUAUUCAAAGCAGACUUGCUAAGCACUGGACUAAUAACCUCAACUCACACACUAGAAAAACAUGCUUAAAUAAGGAUAGUAGUGAAUAUUAAGGGAGGUAGAAAGCAGGUGCAGAAGCCUACUAAAUAAGAUUAACCUAUUGAUAUGUUUGCCUUGGACUUCAUCAGAUUUUGGAAUGUGGCCCUAGGUAGGCAGAAAAAAAUUUCCCCAGCCCAUUUUAGAGAGUUUGGCUUAGGACAAUGGGUUGUUUUAAUCUGUGCUCACUAUCACACAAGUGUACCUACUUCUCAGGGAUGUUUUGAAAAUAAAGUGGGCGAGGGAGAUAUAUCACACUGAACCGCUUGGAGAAAAUGUGAGAUUAAAAUGUAUUGCUAGACCAAAUCAUGAGAGUGACAGGUUUUGUUUUCUUCUUCCCUGCAGCUGUAUGAACUCUUCCCAUGGUUGAUGAAACAUCUCCCAGGACCUCACAAUAAGGCAUUUUCUUCCAUAGAGCUAGUACAUUCAUUUGCAAAGGAAGAGGUAGAAAGGCAUAGAAAGCAGCAAAAGGAUGAGCCUCAGGAUUUCAUUGAUUUCUAUCUACUUCAAAUUGAGAAAGUAAGUAUCCAAUAAUAGCUCAAGACACUUUAGUGCAUGAAACGAAGCAAACUCGGUUGGAUUUAGCAGAAGUCCAACACCUGGAACCAUCUUGCUGCACCAUUUAGACACACAUUCCUGGUCUUAUCUAUGAAUUCUGAAGGCAGAAUCAGAAUUCAAAAUGACCUUAACAGAUUGAAAAACUAGGCCCAAAUUAACAAAAUGAAUUUUAAUAGGGACAAAUGUAAGGUUCUGUGUGCUAUGUGAUCAUGAUUACGAAGCCCAGCUCCCAUACUUCUGAGGAUUAGUGGCUAUUCCACACAUAAUUCUGUCCUACAACAAUGGAAAAAGAUAUGUUACAUGCCACCACAAUCUCCACAGCAGUACGAGAGUCCAGGGGUCUGGGACUUUACCCAGGGUCUGUGUAUCCUUUGAAAAUGUGGCACAGUGGAGACGGUGGUAUCUUUAUGAUAUAUGGUUUACACAUAUAUGCAGCCUGAGCCUGCCUUGGAGAGGUUCAGAGCAUUCACACCCUAAGAAGGCCUUGCUUCUCCCAUAAAUACAGUUCUGGAUUCAAACAGAAAUCAAAGAUGCUCCAAAACAUCACUCUGGCCCCCCUCUAUAACUUGCUGACUACCCAAGAUUUUCCUCCCUCACAUAUCAGGCAAACUGCCGUCCUAAAAACUACCAGAAGCCUUUUGUCUUACUAACUGAAACCAGGACCUAGGGAUGGGCUUUACCCAUUUGAAUUUCUGGCAGUGAUUCUCCUAAUGAUCUCUCUACUUUUUCUUCAGUUCACAACUCAGUCUUUACCAGGCUUUGUUCCCCUAAUGACCCACUGUCACAAGGCAGGAGUUCAAUGCAUAGCACAGUUUAACCCCCAAAUUGUGAUUAAUUCUAACUUUUAUUGGACCCAGGAAUUUAGGAUGUCUCGCACCCCACAAACUCAUAUCAGAUCUAUCUAUCUACCAUUUAUAUGCUGCCAUGUAACAUUAUGUUCUUGGGGGAGAACUUAAAAGCAAGUCCUAUCAAAAUGAAAGAUCCCCCCCAUCCCCACCCUUCACCCCAUCACCUCUCAUGCUGUGGGUGCUUCCCCAAUCAGUUUGAUUCCAUUUUGGGGGUAGGAGAAGACUGGUUGAUGAAUGGUUUUCGGACAACUGAGCUGCAGAGCUAUUCAGAAGUGUAGGAAGUCCCCGAUCUGCUUUGAGAAACGUUGUUAGUGGGGUGAUUUGAUUUGGAAACAUGAUAACUUUUCCCAGAUCACCCCAGUUCACCUUGUAAUUCUGUGUUUUCUUUUUAUUACCUCUUAUGGUACAUGUCUUCAGAAGAAAAGAUCAUUUCCUGUACCCUUUACACUGUAAUGCUGUUUUAGAUUACUACUCCAAUCCAUGACUCUGUACAGAUAUCUCCCAGUACACUCACCGGCAAAACAUAUUAUUAGGUGUUGCAAUAGGAAGACACCCCACCCCACCCCAAGGUCAGAUAGAUUUUGUGUGGCCUGUAAAUAAUUCCAACAUUUCACUUUUUCCAUUAUCGUCAAUAGAGCAAGGAUGACCCCAACUCUACCUUUGAUGAAGACAACCUGGCAGAGUGUGUUCUUGACCUCUUUAUCGCAGGGACAGAGACGACUGCUGCUACUCUGCAAUGGGCACUGCUCCUCAUGGUGUCUUAUCCAGAUGUUCAAGGUGAGGGAGAACUUUGCAAUGGAAGCAAGCACCUCUCUGGAUCCCUGUAGGGAAGAGCUUAGAUUUAUUGCUUUUUUAGUAGCAGGUUGUGAUUCUUCCAAGGUUUAAUAAUGGGUGGAUGACAAAUAUUCAUUCAUAUCUGACAAUCAACUAAAAUGUAUAUAUAUGUAUUUUUAAACCCACACAAAACACUUCAGGCCUAAUAACCUAUCUUUGAAGUUUAAUUGAAUAGGUGGGACAUGUUCCAAGGAAAAGUUUUAUGGCUGUUUUGGAAAGGCUCAGUGAACUGAACUGAAAAUAUUUGAUCUAUAUUUGAUAUGCAAAUGUAGUUUCUCCUACACUUGGCCGUACAUUAGAAGCGAUCAUCAAAGGCAUUCUCAACUGCAACAGCUUGGUAUAUUAAAAUCAAAUAGACAGAAGUUCAGUCUCCCCCUGGGCAUCUAGCACUUUGACGGUAUUUCUGCCUACUCCUCAUUUAUUUAUUUAUUUUAUAACCCAUCACUGACUGAACCAGUCCAUACUUCACCUGUCAUACCAAUUUCCACUGAAUGAAUCAAUUUGGGAAGCCUGAGUGGGGAAAGGUGAGCCAGAUGGAUUUGGCAAAAAUGGUGCUUGUUGUGUGUCAAGUAAGCUAUGUGGGUGUAUAAUAUGUAUAUUUAGCUGUCUGCAGAUUAAUACUACCUAUUAGAAUAUAUGGGAACAGAGAUUCUGUGCUGACUUGUCAACUGUACUAGAUUAGUCUGCUGGGAUAAUGUUAUUGCUUCUAUGCAGAAUGCUCAAAAAGGUGCUAAAAUGCGUCACCACUUGGAUAAUGAACAUCUCUCAGAGGAAAUACACAGAGAAGGGCUUCAGGUGGCAAACUUAGAGCGUGAGUAGGUUUUAUGGAGAAAGGCAGCCCCCAAUGUACUGGGGUCCUGAGCCAAAGAAGUCUUGGUCUGUGUUCUAAUGUCGGCUAUUGUCAUCAACAACGUAAUUUUGUCAGUAUUCCCCCCUCCCCCCCCGCUUCAUCGGAGGGCUCACAGCUGCCACUCUGCGCUUUUUACAUUCUUGAGCCUCAUAAGGGAAAAGGAGGGGAGUUCUAUGAUCAGGAUGGGGAAAGCACAGAGCUCUCACCACUGCCAUUUUAUCUUUUUACAUGGAAAAAGGAGGGAUAGCUGCUAAGGAUAGGCCUCAGUCCUGCUGUUAGGCUGUUAGCCAUCCUUUUCCCCUUUCCUGUCCUGUUUCUCUGAGGCACUGAGAGGAAAAGGCAGGCCAGAGUUACCAGGCGGCUGCUGGUAAAAUUCCUGAGGUAAAAAAAAAUGAGGAGAGGCCCCAGGGGACUCUGUGGGACACCUUCAAUCCUCCUUUAGUAUCUGUGGGCUCUAGUUGUGGCCAAAUGCCAUUUUGCUGCAAGCUGCUGCAAGCUGCUUCACCCCUGCUGCUCCUGCCACCUCCUUGGUGUUCUUUACAUGGCGUCCCAAGAUGGCAGCCGUAGGAGGGUUGGUUGGCCCUCAGUCCGACUCAGGAGCGUCAUCGCCAGCUCUCCUCCUCUGCAACGUGCUUGUGCCUGCUUUGCAGAUUUCACCACAGAAGCAUUCGCUGCAGCAGAAGGCCUUGGGGCAUGGCUGAGCAGGGCACGGUGUGGGUCGCCACAGUGGCCAAGCAACCACUUUGCCCUACUCCUGGCCAGGAAGAAGACAGGGGGGAAUGGGCAGCCAUAUAAUUGUGCCAACUAGCCCCUUUUGCUUCCAUGCCCUGGCUGCAAUCCUGACUGACAGCAGCUCUCCAGGGUUUCAGAGAAGGAACACUCCCAGCCAUUGACGUAGCCAGGAUUUUUGUUAGUGGGGGCAGGCCUUUUGUUAGGAGGGGGCAGAACCUCAAUUAGCUAUUUAUUUAUUUUUAUUUUUAUUGCUAUGGGGGGCAUCUGCCCCUACCUGGUCCCCCUCCCUGGCCCCCCUUGGCUAUGCCCAUGCUCCCAUCCCUGAAUGGAGAUACUGGGAAUUGAAGCUGGCACCUUCUGCAUUCAAAGCAGAUGUUUUACCACAGAGCGAUAGACCUUUUCCACAUGCACCUGCAUUUACUUAAUUGUUAACUUCUUAUUUUCAGGAUGCUGCCAGCAUAUAUCAAUGAGCUUCACUUAAUAUGUCAGGGUCUUUUCAUCCCACCCUACACAGCUUGAUUGUCAGAAGUUUCUCAGAUUUAAACCAGGGUAUUUUAAAAUAAAGCUUCAUUUCCCACUUUUUCCUGCAGAUAAAGUCUACAAGGAGAUGGAAGAUGUUUUUGGUUCCUCCCUUCCCAUAUGUUAUGAAGAUCGAAAGAAACUGCCUUACACCAAUGCGGUGAUGCAUGAAAUUUUGCGUGCAAAAUAUCCCUUAUUAGUUGGGAUUCCCAGACGAAGUGCAAAGGAUAUGAAGAUGCGUGGUUUUCACAUUCCAAAGGUAGGAAACAUCUGUAUAUUUUGAGAGAAAAGAGCAUCUGAUGGUGACACUUUGAAUUAAGCAUCCACAUGUGUAAUGCAAAGUCUGAGGAACUAGGGGGAAAAACCCUGAAGGUUAAUAAACUGUUACGAUAUUUAUAAGCCAGAGACUGAUUGUGUAAGCAAUGUGGGAUGAAGCCCAGAUACUUAAGACAUAACCAACUUUAUCAAGAUUAAUAACUUCCCUUCACUAUAUGAUGACUUCAGAAUCCAGUUUAAUUAUCUUUUUCAACUGAGUCCUGGUUGAUAUCACUGUGUUGCCUGGGGACAAUGACGAAACAGUCUUCCCAUAAAUCUACUGCGUGUGCCAGCCUGCCAGCUCCUAGUUUUUCAAAGCCAUUCUGAAGUGUGCUGGUCCGGAUGCAUUCUGAGCCAACUGUUUCUUCUUUUUAGGGGACAUUUGUUAUUACAGAUCUGAAUUCUGUUCUUGUUGAUCCCACACGAUGGGAAACACCUGAAGAGUUCAACCCACACCACUUUUUGGACAAGGAUGGAAAUUUCAGGUCUAGAGAAGAAUAUCUCCCAUUUGGAGCAGGUAUGCACAGAAAUAAUUUACAGUUAUAUUUAGUAGCUUGCUUCAAAGAAACUGAUGGUCAAAUGUGUGUGAACAAAUAAAAAUGUGCAGGCACCAUUCUAACUAGUUGCUUUGUGGGUAAUGAAUCUGCUCCCACUUUUCACUGUUUUUAGCUAAAGACUACUAGAGGGCCAGUGUACCUGCAGGAGCAUCUCCACCCCUAUCAUUUAGCCCGGACACUGAGAUCCAGCGCCAAGGGCCUUCUGGCGGUUCCCUCACUGUGAGAAGUGAGGUUACAGGGAACCAGGCAGAGGGCCUUCUCGGUAGUGGCACCCGCCCUGUGGAACGCCCUCCCAUCGGAUGUCAAUGAAAAAAACCACUAUCUGACUUAGCAAACAUCUGAAGGCAGCUAUGUAUUGGGAAGUUUUUAAUGUUUAAUGUUUUAUUUUGUUUUUAGUGUUCUGUUGCGAGCUGCCCAGAGUGGCUGGGGAAACCCAGCCAGAUGUGCAGUGUAUAAAUAUUAUUAUUAUUAAUAAAAAUAAUUAAAUUUAGACAAACACACACAGAGUGGGAUAGGCACCAGACAAAAACAUUCCUCUUUACCCAGGCCUUUGGCCGCUAUAAUGUAUGGCCUGUUAAAUGUGGAUGAGGGGAACUGAUGUUAUGAUUAUUUUAUCAUUUUGCUGUAUAUUAUUUUGUUGUGUGUUGCGGUUUUUAUUAUGCUGCAUAAAUUAUGUUCUUAAUGUUAUACACCAGUUUGGGAUCUUAGGAUAAAAGGUGGUAUAUAAAUUGAAUCUUGUUGUUGUUGUUUGAUUAAACAGUGAGAGGGCCAUGGAAGGAUCACAUGUGGUUUAAAAAUCAGGUGGGGUCACAGUGCUGAGAGUGUGGGGAUUUAACACUUUUCUUCCAUGUCACUUUUCCAAUGUGAAUUCCCCUUCAAAACACUUUUUAUGCCUUAGAGCAGGGAUAGCCCUCCAGAUGUUGGACUACAGUGCCCAUCAUCCAUGACUCUUGGCUAUGCUGCCUAGAGCUGGAUAGUUCAAGAACCAGACGGAACCACAUUGACUAUCCCUCCCAUGGAGCAACUGUCAUCUCUUGAAGAGAAAUUCAGUUUGGGGAAAUGGUUUAGAAGUAAAGGGGUUAAAUCCUCAGCUCCACCAGCCACACAGCUGCAGUAAGAAUUGGGGCAUUUGGUUCCUGUGCUUGUUUUUUUUUGUGGGUUUUUUUAUUUAUUGGCAAAACAAUAUAGAAAAAAGAAUGGAUCAGGUAGAAACCGUAGCUCUGCUGUAAAUUGCAUGCACUUCCAUGUACAGAAUAUUUUUCUCUGCAUGGCUACUGCAGGAGCUGAGCCCAGAACAAACAGCUGCUCCAGCCUCUUUCUCUCUUUCCAUCUCUUCAUUUCUUCUUUUUGUUGUAGCUUCUGUUACCUCCAUCACUGUUGGACUUCGUAGCUGCCACUAUUGGCCACCAGGUGUCAGCUCUGAGAUUCACAUACAGGCAAUGUGUGAUUAAAUGCACUUUGAUUUAUUCCUUCUCUUAUGUCCUUCUGGCAGUAGUUAGACCUGUUUUCCCAAAGUACUACAUAUAGUGAUGCAACCAUGACCUGUAUGCUCCAUAUCCAAAUGCUCACACUGCUUUCAAGCUUAGUCUUCCUUUGGGAACUGCAGCCACUCAAGGUCAGCUUCCAGUAUUUCCUGGAGCAAAGCCAGGAUCCUUAGGAUGUCAACCCAGAGGAUUCAAGGGAGAUACUUUGGGAGUAGCUGUUUUCCAGCUUUUUGUUGUUGUUGUUGUGGCUAAAACUACCAGCUGAGCAAACCAGAUGAACUGGAGAAUACAUGGAGUUGGUUAUGUCUCACUUGCUGCUUCCCCCUUCUUUCUUCUGCAGGGGCUCGAGCCUGUGUGGGAGAGCAGAUGGCCAAGAUGGAGAUAUUCAUCUUCCUAACCACCCUGUUGAGGGCAUUCCGCUUCCAGCUGCCAGAAGGAGUGAAAGAACUCAAUAAAAGGCCUGUUUUGGGGCUGACAUUGCAUCCCCACCCUCACAAACUCUGUGCUAUUCCCCGCUGCAGUGCAUCAGGAAGCCUAUCAAAAGAAGAAGAUUAG